AUGCCAAAACAAACACUUUUUGAUGAAGAUUCAGAGGAAGAAGUGGCUCUAAAAACAGAAAAUGAAUACGCAAAAAAAUACGAUGCUUGGCGUGAAAAAGAAGAAUUACAUAAAUUGGAACAAAAGUAUGGCUCAAAAGCUCUAAACUCAGAUGUUUCAAUAUCAUCUGAUAGUGAAGAUGAAAGUGAUGAACCUCCAGAAGUUUCAGAAGAGGUGGAGAAGCAAUUCCUUAAAACCUUGGCUCUUUUAAAAACAAAGGAUCCUAGAAUAUAUGACCCUAAUUAUAAGUUUUUUGAUGAGCAAAUUGAGAAAGAAAAAGAAAAGGAAGAAGAUGGCAAGAAAUUAACUUUUGGUGACAGUGAUGAUGAUGAUGAUGAUGACGACAAUAAUCCCAAUAUAUUUAGUAUUGAAAAGAAAGCUGAAAUUGAUAAACCAGAGGAAGAUAAUAUGGUCAAAUCAUCAAAGGAUAAUAAAAUUAAAGAUUAUUUAGUUGGUAAGGCUGAACAUGUAGAUGAAGAAAUUGAAAAAGAGCUUGCUCCGCUCAGGGAACUAUGGUCAGAUCCUAAGCUAAAUGAUGGAGAAGCUUUCUUAAGGGAUUACAUAUUAAAUAAAAGGUAUCUAGAAGAUGGUGAUCCUGGAGAAGCAGGUGAUAAGAUACGUGAUGAUGAUGACUUAGAAGAAGAUGAAAAGAUGGUGGAGGAGCAGGGCAAGUUUGAACGCGCCUAUAAUUUCCGCUUCGAAGAGCCUGACGACGAAUAUUUAAAACGAUUUCCUCGCACAAUGAACUACAUCCGUCCGAAGGACGACCGCCGCUCCCGCAAACGAGCUGAAAUACGAGAACGAAAAGAAGAAGAGAAAAAGAAGAAAAUGGAGGAAAUUGCCAGACUUAAAGCAUUAAAGCUGAAGGAGAUUCAAGAGAAAAUUGCGAAGAUUAAAGAAGUUACAGGCAAUGAAGAUCUAGCCUUUAAGGAAGAAGACAUAGAAGGUGAUUUCGAUCCUGAAGAACAUGACAGAAGAAUGAAAGCAUUGUUCGAUGAAGAAUACUAUGGAGAUGUGGAUGAUCAGAAACCUGUGUUUCCUGACUUAGACGAGGAGCUGGAAAUAGAAAAUUGGGAAAAGUUUGAAAACGAAGACAAUUAUAAUGGAGACCAGGAUGAAAAUGGACCUCAUUGUGAAGAUGAAGACUUCAAUAUGGAUGCCGACUACGACCCAAAGAAAGCAAAAGAGAACCUUCUAGAAGAACUCAAACGGAACAUGGGCAAGAAAAGAAGGAAUAGAAAGAAAAAGUCAAAAUUAGCUGAGUUGUUAUCAGAUAAAAAACCGAAAUUUGUACCUGAAUUUGAUAAAACGUAUUCAGAAUUUAUGGAGGAGUAUUAUAAGAUGGACUGUGAAGAUGUCAUUGGUGGGGAUUUACCGACUAGAUUCAAAUACAGAGAGGUUGUUCCCAAUAAUUAUGGAUUGACGGUUGAAGAGAUACUUCUAGCAGAUGACAAAGAACUAACUCAAUGGGUGCCACUAAAGAAAAUAAUUAAGUACCGACCUGAUAAUGUAGAAAAAAGUGAUGUCAAAGUUUAUUCCCAAAAAGCGGCCGAUGAAAGGUUGAAGAAGAAAAUACUGCCGAGUCUCUUCAAAGAUUUACCUGAAGAACCCGAGUUAAUGGUGCCGCCAGAACCAGUAAGUAAGAAGAAGAAAAAGAAGAAGAAAAAUAAAAAAGAAGAAGAAACAAAAGUAACAGUUAAUAUAGAUGACAAUAUAAUCAAUACACCAAUAGCACCAGAAGAAACACAUAAGAAAAAGAAGAAGCGGAAAUAUAAAGAAAAUGGCAACAUUGAUAAUAACUCUGUAUUAGGCAAUAAAGAUAUUGAAAAUAAUGACAUAGAAAAAGUAUAUAAAGAACCUUCGGCUAAAAGAGAAGAAAUUAAUGACGAACCAAAUGUUGUUCCAAAAAGUACACAGACAAUUAAUAAAAAGAAGAAAAAGAAACAUGUAAAUUCUUUCACUGUAGAUAAUGUUGAAAAUGAAGGCCCUAGCAAAAUUGAUAGUGAAUUAAACAAUGACAGUAAACAAAAAUCUAAAAAACAUAAGAAACAUAAAAACUCUGUAGUUGAGACUACAGAAAAUGAUACUCAAAGCGACGUAAUUAAUAAUUCAAAUAAAACAGAAGGCAGUUUGAAACGAAAAUUAGAAUCUGACUCUAAUCAGGUGCCCAAAAAGAAAAAGAAGAAAAAUAAACAAAAAGGCACAGAUAAUAAAAAUCAGGGAAAUAAUAAAAAUAUGGGCAAAAACAAGUUUAAAAAUAAAAAUAGUAAUAAACAGAAUGACAAAACAAGAGAUCCUCUUAAUAAAUUAUCAGAUGAAAGACUUAAAGCCUAUGGAUUAAAUCCGAAGAAAUAUAGAAGUUUCUUAAAAUAUAAGAAGUUU